AUGUAUAUAUACAACAGGUGCUUUUGGAAGUCUUGCUCAACUGUGUCUCUGUGUGUCUUCAUUGUAGAAGAUCAUCUGUUUCAAGUCUUUGAGGUCUGCUUGCCCUUUGGAGAAAAUGCCUUCCAGGCUAUUGUCCUGGUCCUGAAUGUGUGCUUCCUGGGCCCAUUCUUCUUAAGAAUGGUUUUAGCCCCAAACAUGAGGGCUUUUCUGUUAUCUAAAUACACUGUUGCUGAUUAUCACACUAUACCACCAGCCAUCCUUGGAGUGAUUCUUGGGAGAUCAUUCAUUGGUCUGCAGUUCAUGAGGAUGAUCUUCGUACUGAAGACCGAAGAAAUGGGAGGUUAUGCUGAGACAUCCCGUGGGUUUCUCAUCAGGAAGUACCUGUCCAGGAUUCUAACUUUGUGGUUUAUGGUGGCCGGACUCAUACAUUUUAUUGAGGGUCUUGACAACCAGCUUUCAUCGGAGAAACCCCAUGACUUGCGCUACGGAACCUGGCUCUACUUCACCGCAGUAACAGUAACUACUGUCGGCUAUGGUGAUGUCACAUGCAAGACAAUGAUUGUCAGAUUUUUCCUCACCAUAUCCUUACCCAUUGCUAUGGUACUGUAUGGAAAGUACCUACCAGACUUAGUGAGGAUGAUUUACACAGCUGUUCCAGACUUUAAGCCAUAUAGACCGAUUUUGUCUGGCAGGCAUAUUGUGUUUUGUGGCUACCUGAAUGCUCAGAAGAUCCGCACUUUUAUAAAGACAGGGAUAAACAGAGAUGCUGACCUGGUCUUUCUGGGCGAUUGUACUCCGUGUGAGAACCGCGAAUCACCACUCCAAGGCUUGCAUCCUGUCCAAGGCCUGGUUCAAGAUGGUCGAGAACUUGCUGCGGAAAUCAUGUUACUUUAUUCCUUACUUGUAGCAAGAUUGAACUCUUUCUAUAUCCAUGAAGCCCAUGCAUGUAUUUUCCUUUCAAACCAAAAAAGUAAAGACCAGGAAGGGGAAGACUUCAGAAACAUCAACUCGGCAUUAGAUGUCUCGAGAUCCACAACUUCCCCGGUCCACCUGGAAUUGCUUCAGUGCAAGAGCAAGAAACUCUUUGAUAAGGUGUUCCAGCCAAGACCAGAAGACGGCAAUGUGAGUGUCUUCUGCUAUGCAGAGUUUAAGCUUAAACUGAUGGGCUAUUCAUGUCUCGUCCCUGGAUUCUCCACAUUACUGGCAAACCUUAUUUUGCCAGAUAUGGUUGAAGAUAUGGACAAUCAGACCCAUGACUUCAUAUGGGAGGAAGAGUACAACUUUGGCAGAAGCUCCCUUAUCUGCACUACCUGUUUGUCUGAUUCUUUUGAAAGCAUGACAUUGCAUGAGGCUGUUGAAUUAUGCCACAAGAAGUUGGGGCUCAUCCUUUUAGGUAUCGAAAUUCAUGAAGGCCAUAAUAGGAAGAUCAUCGUGUAUCCUAGCAAUCCAUGUGUGGUCAUACCACAAAAUACUGUGGGAUACUUUUGCAAUCGUGGAAUUGAGAUUCUUCAAAGAGCUUCAAUAUACUGUUCUUUGUGCCACGGCAGUCAGGAUGAGGAAGGGCUGUUCGAUGGCCCUUGUAAAUGUGAUAAGAUUGAAAAGAGAAAGCAGAAACUUGAGGCCCAGGAUUCUAAACAGACCUCACUCCGUGCUGAGGGUGACUUCGAGUCGGUUAGUCCGCACCAGGAACAUGGCGGCUAUGACGUUUGGCACAUGGACGGACAAUGCAACUUCUGUCAGAGGCUUCCUGUUCUAGUUAGCCAUAUUACUGAUGAGCCAAUGGCACCAGUCAGUGACACCCUUGCAGUGGCGGUAGGACAGACAAUUCCUCCUGCACUCUUUCACUCCUUUGCAUAUUUGAACUAUGGCAGGUCAGAUGUCCUCAGUUUCGCAUGCACACUCAUGCAAGGCGGACUAUCGCCCAAAUCUCUUGUGGAACAAGGUUAUGAUGAGGUUCAAGUACGACUACUAGAUCCUGUAGAUCUAAAGGAUGAGGCAAUCAACAGCAGAGGAACAUAUGAAGAAGUCUUCCGCAAUGCCCUGUAUAGAAACAUGCUAUGCCUUGGACUCUACAGAGAACUGGAUGAAAGUUCUGAAGUUCCUCCUUUGAGGUACGUGAUAACAAACCCUGAGGAGGAGACCGUCAUCUACGAGACUGACCUCGUGUUCGUCCUGUGCCGCAAAUCGAAGGUACAUCCACCGAGAGGACCGAGUUUGGCCGUCGAGGCUCUCGAAAAUGAUCGUGGUGCCGGAAGCGGUCGUAGCACUCGGUCACCACAUGAUCCACCACUUCGGGAAGGAGAAUCUGAAGAACCAUGUUGCACCUAACACCAUAGCUGUCUUGCGCCACUAUCGCACUUGUAAAGAUGUACCUACAGUUUAUUCAACACAAAAUGACAACAAAUAAAACUCUGUGAUAAUCUACACACACACACACACACAUCUGUGACUGCAAAAAGGAGACUAAGGAUUUCGAGCACAGCAGGGCAGUGUUACAGGGGCGUCGAAACGACCUUCGAUUCGCCGGAAUUCCUGGACAAAAGGGGAAACUGGCAGCAGACUGCGAACAUAUUAUCAAGACUCCUUCGCGAGCACCUCAGCGUGACUCCGGAGUUAGAAAGAGUCCGCCGAGUAAGGAAGUCUUCAGAGAAACAACCAAGAGGCACAGAAGCUAAAUUCCUAAGGUUUUGUGAUCGAUAACCCUUGAAGGAAGCUAAUAUCCCGGAGACUGUGUUUGGGGAUUUUAAGCUAGCACGGGCGCGGCGAGGAGAGGCCAGCUGACUGGCUGCUUCAAACGGAAAAGCAGGGAAGGGGGGAAGCAGGCCAACCCCAGUUACAGGGGGCUAGUCAUCAGGAGAAGAAUCCAGACGGGAAUCGCUUCUCCAGACACGGUCCUACGAUGCCUAGCGACGCGUCAGGCGCCGCUAUGCUGCACUUAAUGAGGGUGAUACUAGGAUUCUGAUUUCACCUCUCCUGUUUUAUUUGAUGUGUAAAACUUGUGCGAAUCUACUGUGAUUGAUUGAAAAAUCGGUGCAAGUAACAUUACUAGAUUAUUAAAAAGAAAGGUGAAUAGUGUAUAAUGGACGAUACCUCUUCUGUUAGAUAAAAUCGUUGAAAUUUGUUUUUGAGGAAAUUGAAUAAGAAAAAGUCUUAAAGGAAUAUUACUUGUAUUUUAUAUCGAAGUACACUUGCAUCAGUAUUUAUUAAUUCUGUCCACUUAUAUAAACACAUGUUUAUAUAUCUAUCUUUUGUAUAGAAUAUACCUCUUCUGUUAGAUAAAAUCGUUGAGAUUUGGUUUUGAGGAAACUGAACUAGAAAAAGUCUUAAAGGAAUAUUACUUGUAUUUUAUAUCGAAGUACACUUGCAUCAGUAUUUAUUAAUUUUGUCCACUUAUAUAAAC